GAACGUGUAGCAUUCAUUUUCGCUGUAGAGUUGCCUCGUUAAGUGUUGGUGGCACCUUGUGACGACACCCCGUAUAAUAACUGUCGAUUCGGGUCGCAGCUUAUCGACACUAGUAUCCGCCCAUCCCCACCAACGAAUCGAAUUACAACAUCAGCAGCACAGCAGCCAUCUUUGUGAUUUUACGCAGGAAUUCAUAAUGGCUAACACCCUGCUGGCGCUCAGCUGCAAGCAGCUCCUCAAUAAUGCUAUCGUGAGGCCUGGAGCAGCUCCAAUGAGCUCAUACGUGAAGACACUGAUUGGUAAGCGCGAAGUGGUAGGGUAUGGGUUUAAUGGAGAGCCCAACUACGUGGACCGAGUGGACUUUCCGCUGCCCGCCAUCAGAUGGAAGGAACCCAAUGCUGACAUUUUGGCGCUCCGAGAGAAGGAGAAGGGCGACUGGAAGUUGCUGUCCGUCGAGGAGAAAAAGGCCCUUUACAGGGCCUCUUUCCGACAGACAUUUGCCGAGUUUAAGGCGCCCACUGGUGAAUGGAAGGGCACAAUCGGGGUCACUUUGGUAUUGAUAUCGUGCGCCCUUUGGGUCAUCUAUGGAUUGAAGGCCUUCGUGUACCCACCUCUGCCAAGCUCUUUCUCACCGGAGAACAGGGCGGCCCAGUUGCGGCGUAUUCUCGACUUGCAAAUCAACCCCAUCCAGGGUAUUUCCUCCAAAUGGGACUACGAGAAGGACGACUGGAAGAAGUAAACUGGUUUUGUCUGAAUUUGACAGGAAACUGACACUAGUAAACCAACCAACCUUAAAAUUCAAUGUGUAAUUAAUCAGUUUUUAUAUUGUUAAAGUUCACUUAAUCACUUGUUCAGUUUGUGAUCAAUCGACCGGGGCUGAGCUACGAAAUAGAAUAUUAUUAUUUA